AUGGGCCCGUUUGAGGAGGAGAAUGAGCUUCAUGAUUUCCUUCUGAGCCCAGCUUCAUGGCAUGGCUUUGAUACGACUGCUGAAUAUGUCAUGGCUCUGGCGCGAGCGAAUGAAAUUCGCAAGUACCCCCAUCGAAUAACUUUCACUUAUGGCGAUCUCAAAGCGCAUAAUAUUCUCGUUGGUGAUGAUGGACAUCUUUCGGGGUUUCUUGAUUGGGAGUCUGCUGGAUGGUAUCCCGAGUAUUGGGAUUUUACUACUGCGAUGAGAUUUGGACGGGAUAGUUGGUGGUAUCAAGUGGCAUCAUGGCUCGGGGGUGAUCAGUACAGCCGAAAGCUGAGUUGUGAUAUUGCCUUGAAUUCUUUGACCAUUGAUUCAUACAUCGCUUUUUAG